AUGACGACGACGAAAUCGCAAAGCGCUUUGUCUUCUUCUACUUUUAAAAUGGCAAAAGGACAUUUUCGAAUUGGAAAAAAAAGAGUGCGAAGAAGAAAUGCCAGAGGAGUUUUCCGGGCUUCUGCGUCGGUGGAUUUUGGAUUCGAGCUCGCGCGGGACAUGGGCGUAGGAGCGGCGUGUUAUUGGAUCUCCGACGAGCUCGCGCAACGGGUGAGCGAGACGAAGGCGGAAGAAGAAGGCGAGGAAACGUACACGAGAGACGACAGGAGACGAGGACGGUACGUGACCUUUGGAAGUUUCGAUGGUUUGACGUCGUACUUAUGGUACACCUUGGUGGAUAAGGUGAUACCGAGUCCGAGCGGAUCGAGUUUUUCCGCCGACGCGGUUUCCAUCUCCGCGUUGACGGCAUCGACGACGUACGACGACGAGUUAACCGGCGACUUGGCCAACGCGGCGUACGCCAUGGCUUCCGCGCAAGGCUUCGCUUCGGAGAAUAUAGAGUUGACCAAAUCGAAUGUAAUCGAGUGGUUUUUUAGCAACCCGGAACACGUGGUGUUGACGAAGAAGGUGGUUUUUGACGCGCUCGUGUAUAACCCAGUUUGGGCGUGUGGUUUCAUAGUCAUCAUGGCGUUGUUGCGGAGCGAAUCGAAAGAGGAAAUCAAAGCCGAACUCAAACGCGAUUGGGGAGAUUUGUACAUCUCCAACAUCGUUUUUUGGGUACCACUCAACUUUGUCGUCUACGGCGUCAUUCCUCUCGAUUACCGCGUCGCCAGCGUGUACGGAUUUACCAUCUUAUACGUCUCUGGUUUGUCCUUGUGGGAGGAAAAUAGAAACAAAAAGUUGCAAGCGUUGGCGGCGAAAAGCCGCGAAAACGAAAACGACGUUGCCCAAAACGAGCAGCUGAAUUUAGUCGAAAACGAAGUCUUCGAUGCCGUGAGAGAGUACAUGGAUAAGUAG